GGGUCGAAGGGUCCUCUGCUUCGAAGCUCUAGGGUUUCUUUCCCCUUCCUUUCCGCCUCCGUCUCCAAUUGCAGAAUCCGAGUCGCCUGUUCGUCGAUCUGCCCCGCGUUCGAUUUCUGUGAGCGUUUUCUGUACUUUUUUUUUGUUUCUGUAGAUUCGCUUCCGUUGGCAACCGUUUAGGAUUCGGCCGGAACCGGCGAUGCCGAUCGACAAGUCUGCUGUUGUUUCUUCCGACCACUGCCGCCCAUCGUCUGCCAAGGAUCCGGAGAGCAGUGAGUCCGCCUCGAAUACCCUCUGGGUGGGGCAACUCUCCGCCGAAACCACCGAUUCGGAUCUGAUGUCCAUCUUCUCCAAGCAUGGCGCCUUGGAUUGCACCACCAUGCGCUCGGCGAGGAACUACACCUUCAUGUACUUCCGGCAAGACGAGGAAGCCAAGGCUGCAAAGGAAGCCCUCCAAGGGUACGUGAUCCACGGGAGCGCCAUCAGGAUCGAGUUUGCCAAACCGCCAAGAGCAGCUAAGCAGAUUUGGGUUGGUGGGUUUAGCUCAGCUAUAAGUAAGGAGCAACUUGAGGAAGAGUUUAUGCAGUUUGGUAAGAUUGAAGAGUACAGAUUUUUCAGGGAUCGAAAUUCAGCUAUUAUUGAAUAUUAUAAGUUAGAUGAUGCAAUUGCCGCUCACAAAAAUAUGAAUGGAAAGAAGUUUGCUGGUCAACAGCUACUUGUUGAUUUUCUACGGUCUCAACCUCCUAGAAGGGAGUGGCCUGACCGCCAGGAUUCGAGGAAUGGACACCUGGGCAACCUAAGAUCUUUGCCAUUCGAGAGAGUGAGAAAUUUUUAUAGUUCUUCCCUAGGGCCUAAGUGGGAUAUGCCUCAUGGAGUGCUCCAAGAUGGCCCUCCAAGCAAUGUUCUUUGCAUAAGAUAUCCACCUCCUGUUCAGAUUGAUGAGAAGAUGCUUCACAAUGCCAUGAUUCUUUUUGGCGAAAUUGAAAUGAUAAAAUCCUUUCCUUCUGGACACUAUUCUCUUGUGGUGUUCAGAAGUAUUGAUGAAGCUAGGCGUGCAAAAGAUGGUUUACAGGGUCGUCUGUUUAACGAUCCUAGGAUACAGAUACUCUAUUCCAACAGUGAACUUGCUCUACCGGGUCCUGGUCGUCUGAUUGCCCCGAAUAAUUUGCUUGACCUCCUGCAUGCCAAUAGGUCAUUUGGGCCACAAGGACCAAAUCUCCGUCAUGAACUCGGUAUUCUUCAUCCAAAUCUCCUUGAGGUUGAUGCUAGCAAAUCUAUACCUUGGACAUAUCGGCCCCCUUCAGCACUAGGAAUUCUUCCUUUUCCUCCAGGUUUGUUUCAAGAUAUCCGAUCCAUGCCUGAUGGAUGGGAUGGAGAUGAUGUGAGAAACCCGAAGAGGAUUAGGCUGGAUAGUCCUCCCAGCGAUGAUGAUUUUCGUCAAAGGAGGAUAACUGGUAGCAGCACUAUGGAGGAGCAACUAUUUUUGUUACCUCGUCAAGAUAGAAGUGCUUCUAGUCGUAGUCAACUUGGUCCUUACUUACACCCUUCUGAUAAAGACUACAUUUGGCGUGGUGUUAUUGCUAAAGGAGGAACACAUGUUUGUUAUGCUCGCUGUGUACCAAUAGGAAAGGGCAUCAACUCUCCAAUGCCAAGUGUCGUCAACUGCUCGGCUAGAACUGGAUUAGAUAUGCUCACAAAACAUUGUGCUGAGGCAACCAAUUUUGAGGUCGUUUUCUUUUUACCUGACAGCGAAGAGGACUUUGCCUCUUACACAGAGUUCUUAAGGUACCUAGGCCUAAAAAAUCGUGCUGGGGUUGCAAAGCUUGAAGAUGGUACAACUCUAUUUUUGGUACCACCGUCGGAUUUCUUGACCAAGGUAUUGGGUGUGAAUGGUCCUGAACGCCUGUAUGGUGUUGUUCUAAACAUGCCCCAGCAGCCACCUGCUGCAGUUGUGCAACAGUCACAACAGAUUGAUCAGGAAGAACCUAAUUUCCAGAAAACUAACAAUUUUGUCCGCCACAAUGAAGAUCAGACACUAAGAGGUGAUUAUUAUCAGUCUCUGCAUGAGGAAGUGGUACGACGUUCUGCUGUUGAAAAAUUCCCACUAGCUCAGGGAGAUGAGCAACACAUGGCGCAACCAGCUUCACUAAACCAAGAUAACAAUGUUGCUGUUGCAACGUCGCAGUUGAAGGCUACCUUAACUCCUGAUUUAAUAGCUACUUUAGCUUCUCUUAUACCCAGCAACAAUCAAUCAUCAGCUUCUGGUGCUGCUCAGUUGCCAUCCAACUUGAUUGUCAGACCUACUUCAUCCUAUACUUCUACACCAUUUCAGAGUCGGAGACAAGAGAACCAAAUGGCUCUUUCUCUUAAUUCGAUGGAGCAACAGAAACAGUCACCACAUUUAGGACAAGAUUUCAAUAGCCAGGCACCUCCGGUCUCCCAAUUUCCACCCUUCACGACUAUCCAAAUUCAAAAUCCUACUCUUACCAUGCCACAAGCCCCUGCUGUUUCAACCAAUCUGUUGAAUAACUAUGAAAUCUCACACCGGGGACAGUUUUCUGCCACCCAGAACAAUCAACUUUAUCAGUUCGACAACACUCACGGUAAUCAUGACAACUAUGGAAGUUUAACUACAACAAACGUUGCUGAUUCAUUUUCUUCUUCGGUUCAGCAGCAACCGAGAAUUGGUUCAUUGUCUGCUCAUAGUUUAAUUGGAAAUAUGCCUCAGCACCAACCUGCUUUGUCAAUUUCGAAUGAAAAAGGGAAUCCGGAGCUUCCUAAUCAAGGGCAGCAGUUACAAAACAUAUUACCAAGUUCAACCCAGGGCACAUCCCAAGGUGAUGCUGACAAGAACCAGCGGUAUCAGUCAACCCUUCAGUUUGCUGCUAAUUUACUUCUCCAAAUUCAACAGCAGCAGCAGGUAAAUGCUAGCACACCAACGGGAUCUGGAACCCAUCAGUGAGACCGACUUCGGUAUCAGGUACUGCUUAUUGAUAUGCUGAAUUUUCUUGCUUAGUUUAGUCCAAGCAUCUUUUAUUAUCAUUAAGGUUCAGCCUCACACGAAUGCAUAGUUUGGUUCAUAAAUAGGUAGAGUUAAGAAAUUGUAAAAAACAUAUCCUUGGGUUCUAUUCCUUGCUACUGCAGAAGGAGACUAAUAAAUUGAAAUCCAUUAGACUGAACGUUUGAGAGUAGAGAGAGAUUAUAGAAGUUACGGAGCGACAACUAAAGAUAACUUCUGGUUGACAGAAUGAAAAGUAUAGUGACAGCAUGAUUACUUAGAUUUGGGUGAUAAUUGGUGGGAUUAGUUUUUGCCUCGAUAACCAUGUAUACUUCCACACUAAUCCUUUUCUUUAUUAAUUAUAGUUUGAGUCUGCCUCUUUUACAACAGUAAUAGAAUAAUAUCCAUCAACUAGAUGUUUUGAAAGUUUAUAUAGAAAAUUGGAAAACAAAGGGUGGAAUAUACUUGUUCAUGCUAAGGGUAUUAGCUGAACUGUAAGCAUUGUUCAUCACAAAUUAUUUUCCUUUCAUUCUUGUUGGGCAAUGACAGUAAGUUACAGAAAAUUUCGCAAUGCACUUAGGUUAUGUUCACAGUAGUGGCAACUAAAGAUGAAAAACACUAAAAGGAACAGAUUCCUGCAUUACUCGACUAUUACUCGUCUGUUAUUUUGUGCUCGAGUCAUGAUGCAUGCUUUACCAUAGGAACAAACUCGAACUAUCUCGUACUUUCCUCUUUGUUUGUCAUUUUUGUCUGAUUUUUUUUUUCAACUUAUAUUACCAGUUUAUGAUCUGAGUUUGCUAUUUCCCCCAAGAUCUUGAUGGAUAUUUAUGUUUAUCCUGCAUUUCAUGUUCUUGAAUUA